CCUUACUCGGUAAAUACAUCCCUCAUCAACCCAUCUUCAGCCAGACAACACUGGCCCCUCUCCCUCGAACACCCAUCUGCCCAGCCUCAGGUCUAGUUGAUUAUUCCUUCUAAAGAGACCCAAUAGAAAGAGAAGAAACCAACAGACGAAACGACGCGGAGGCGGGGUUGAGCGGAGCCAAACCAAACCACUAGCAACCAUAGAGUCCUCCUAAAGGGUGGGGUUAGAGAGGCCGCAAGCUGGGCUUGGCUCCGGUGCUCCCGGAAGCCCGCCUGGGAGGAGGCGGAAACGGAAAGCUAGUACGGGAGAAGUUGUUCCAGCGUGUUGGAGGUUGGAGUCGUUUGGUCCCGCAGUCGCGCAGCCCCCAGCUGCUUUCAUGGCGGUCAGAGCGUCGUUCGAGAACAACUGUGAGGUCGGUUGUUUUGCCAAGCUCACGAACACCUACUGCCUGGUGGCCAUCGGAGGAUCAGAGAACUUCUACAGUGUGUUCGAGGGCGAGCUCUCCGAAACCAUUCCCGUGGUGCAUGCAUCCAUCGCCGGCUGCCGAAUCAUCGGGCGCAUGUGUGUGGGGAACAGGCACGGGCUACUGGUACCCAACAACACCACAGACCAGGAGCUGCAGCACAUCCGGAACAGCCUUCCAGAUUCGGUGCAGAUACGGAGGGUCGAGGAGCGGCUCUCAGCCCUGGGCAAUGUGACCACCUGCAAUGACUAUGUGGCCUUGGUCCACCCAGACUUGGACAGGGAGACAGAAGAAAUCCUGGCUGACGUGCUCAAGGUGGAAGUCUUCAGACAGACGGUUGCGGACCAGGUGCUAGUAGGAAGCUACUGUGUCUUCAGUAAUCAAGGAGGUCUGGUGCACCCUAAGACUUCAAUCGAGGACCAGGAUGAGCUGUCCUCCCUUCUUCAGGUUCCCCUUGUGGCAGGCACUGUGAACCGAGGGAGCGAGGUGAUUGCUGCUGGGAUGGUAGUGAAUGAUUGGUGUGCUUUCUGUGGCCUGGACACGACCAGCACAGAGCUGUCAGUGGUGGAGAGCGUCUUCAAGCUAAACGAGGCCAAGCCUAGUACCAUUGCCACCAGCAUGCGGGAUUCCCUCAUUGACAGCCUCACAUGAGUCACCUUCCAUGCUGUUGUGUGGGCUCCUGCCUCUGGACUUUGGCUCACUUUUUAUGCCUGAGCUAGUCUGUAACAAAUACUAGCAGCAGGGCAUGGCAGAGCUCACCGGAGCUGAAUAAUUGAGUACCCAACCCUUCUCCACCUCUGCCAUCUUUUGACUAUUGCUACAGAAAAGCCUGCCGUGUCAUGCUGGCUUUUGUGGCUCCUGGAUGAAAGUCUGCUAUCUUGUGCCCCGCCCUAUUAAAGGACUGCCUCCGACCAUC